AUGCCGGGUCAUUGGCGUAUCCACCGGAAUCGGCUGGAGGGCCACAAUAGGUUGUACAACGACUACUUUGCGGACCCCGCGGUGUACCCCGACUACAUUUUUCGUCGCACGUUCAGGAUGAAACGUGACCUUUACUUCAAGAUUGUGCAGGCGGUUGAGGAGCAUGACCCGUGGUUCCAGCAAAGGAGGAACGCUGCAGUCGAGCUGGGGCUGUCCUCUUUGCAAAAAGUUAUUGCGGCAUUUCGUAUGCUUGCAUACGAUGCUGCUGCAGAUUCUCUUGAUGAGUGCCUCCGGCUAGGGGAGAGCACCAUCAUUGAGAGCAUGAGGCGGUUUGUGCGUGCUAUCAUCGAGGUGUUCGGCAAUGAGUACCUCCGUGCUCCGAACGAGGAGGACACUGCUCGCUUGCUUGAUAUGAACCAGUGA